AUUGGCGAGCGUAAAUAUUGGAUCAAUAGUGUCUUUUUUAUUGUUUUAAUUAUGAUAUAUCUUAUUGAAAUUUAUUCUUUUAUUCUUAGAAUGGAAGUCACCACGGGAGAGGAAAUUUUUGUUGGAGAGCAAGCAGGACCACACACUAAAUCUGACUUAACAAAGCUCUCUAUGAACUCUUUCAAAUUUUAUAGAGAAUUAAGGGAUUGUCUGAAUGUCCGCAUAUUAAAUGCAAUGAAAAUCAGAGAUAUGGUCAUUAAGACGGAAUUGAAAUAUACUGCGGAAAUAGAAAAUGAUAAUGAUAAAGCUCAGAUUCUGAAAAGAAAAUUUAGUGAUUUUAUUCAAACAAAGCCAUCGCCAAUAAAGGUUGCAAAGGUUAAGAAGUGA